AUAAUAAAUAAUAAACUCUCAAGGACUGAAACAAAGAACAACAGUAGACAGACAUGUAAUAAAUGGAUUAAGCUUUAAAACUUUGAUAAUAUAUAAGAUAAUGUAAGAUUCUGGUAAAAAAAGUCCCAAUCAAGGUCUCCUUAAGAGCUUAACUGAAGGUAGAUAUAGCCGAGCAUUAUUCUUUUCACGUACGCAGUCAACGUUGUUCUCAAGCACCUUCAGCUCUGAAAAAGACUUGAAUCUGAAAAUAUUUUAAACAUGGGGAAGAAGAAGGAACUAGGGAAAGAAUCUGCAGAUGAGCCACAUCUUGAGGCAAUGCAGGGUCCGACUUUGAAGUAUCCAAAGGCUGUGUUCUUCAUCAUUUCAAAUGAGUUUUGCGAGCGAUUUUGUUACUACGGCAUGAGAACAAUUCUUUCUCUGUACUUGGUGCAAUGGUUGAUGUACUCGGAGGACACGGCUACUGUUGUGUACCACGCUUUUGCAGCAUUCUGCUACUUCACUCCUAUUAUAGGAGCAAUCAUUGCAGACAGCUGGCUUGGAAGAUUCAAGACGAUAUUGAUUUUAUCCAUUGUCUAUGCAAUCGGCAGCAUCUCCAUCGCUUUGUCAGCCAUACCUGAUUUCAUUCCUCCUGAAGCUUUUACUUUCGUUGGCUUAGUGUUGAUCGGACUUGGUACAGGAGGAAUCAAGCCAUGCGUCUCGGCAUUUGGUGGCGACCAGUUCAUUGUGCCAGCUCAGGAGGCUCAAUUGCAGAAGUAUUUCUCCGUCUUCUACCUAUCGAUCAAUGGAGGCAGUCUCGUGUCCACUUUCAUCACACCCAUCCUUCGAGAAGAUGUAAAAUGUUUUGGACAAAACGGGUGCUAUUCACUUGCUUUCGGAGUCCCUGCCAUACUUAUGGUUCUGUCGAUUGUAAUCUUCGUGGCUGGCAAGCCAUUGUACAAAAGCAAGAAGCCUGAAGGAAAUAUUGUGCUCAGGGUGUGUCAAUGCAUUGGGCGGGGCAUAGUGAUGAGGGUGAAAAACCGCAAGGGAGAGAAAAGAGAGCACUGGCUGGACCACGCUGAAGACAAAUAUGACAAGAAGUUAAUUGCUGAUGUAAAGAUAACGCUGAACGUUUUGACAAUGUUCUUGACAGUUCCAAUUUUCUGGGCUUUGUACGACCAACAAGGGUCCAGGUGGACGUUUCAGGCCACUCGAAUGACAGGAGACAUGGGAGGGUGGACCAUCAAACCUGACCAAAUGCAAGUCGUCAACCCCCUUUUGAUUGUGAUCAUGAUUCCCGUGUUUGAAGCCGUCAUCUACCCUCUCUUCAAAAAGAUCAAUAUUUUGCAAAAACCACUGACGAAAAUGGGUGUUGGUGGAGUUUUAGCUGGCCUGUCCUUCGUCCUUUCAGCCCUCGUAGAGCUCUUCAUCAAACCGACAGAGGCCAUCAUUCCCAUGGGGGGAGAGGCGCAGCUCAGGGUGUUCAACACUUUGAACUGUCCUAUUAUAAUAUCAGCUACGGGCGAUGUUGAAAUUGACGCAUUUGAAAUCGAACCUCUACAAGCCUGGGAGAAUUUGCACAUCGCGGCUCAAAACAGCAAAACAUUUAAAAUAAAGGCCAAGCCAGGAGAGCGCUGCGACCCUCGCUUGUUGGAAACGGAGCUUGACGUCGGAGUCAUCGAAUGGACUGCCCAAAGUUACGCUCUACACGAUGGUGUAGGGUCUUCUCCAAUUAUAAAAAUAUCCGAAACAUCUAUUGACUCACCACAAAAGUCUCAAAAUGGAAAUGGCAAAGUCAAAGUUUUAGUUAAUGCGAAAGAUGAUGGAGAUAAUGUGGUGGAAUUCAAAGGGAAAACUGCGCAUACUUUUACUGUUACUGGCGAGGCGGCAUUUUCGGACAUAUUUGAGUUUGAACCGGACAAUUACGAGAUUUUGCUGAAUGGGCAAAUUAUUGACUCGAAAUACGCGAUUAAAGUUGGUGGCGUUUACACUUUUGUUAUCAACGAAAUGAACAAUGAGGUUUUUCAAAUGACCAUCACACCUGAGAGCUCGCUUAACAUUCUGUGGCAGAUACCUCAGUAUUUUGUAAUGACAGCUGGAGAAAUUUUGUUUUCAGUGACGGGCCUAGAAUUUGCAUUUACACAAGCACCACUGAGUAUGAAAUCAGUUUUGGUUGCUGGGUGGUACAUAGCUGUGGCUGUUGGUAACAUGGUGGUGAUCUUCGUGGCAGAGGCCAAAAUUUUUAACGAACAAAUUUGGGAAUACUUGUUAUUUGCAGGCCUCGAGUUCAUUGCUAUGAUUAUAUUAUUCUUGCAAGCUUUGCUGUACAAAUAUGUCACUAUAGCAUCAGAUGAAGAUGCGGAAGAAGCGAAGCAGGAAAAAGUAAUUUUAGAGAGCGAAAGAUUAUAAAGCAAAAUAAAUUUAAAAGUAAUAUAUAUUUUUAAUUUGUUUAAUAUCACUG